GAGACCAAAAUGUUGAAGGCUGCGUGUAUACUACUAUUUAUCGGCCUCGCCGCCUCCGAAUCCUCAAUCUCCUCCGUCAUCUCUCGUCUCCUCGACCAAGCCAAGCGUUCUAAGAGCCGAAGCCCCCUGAUCCUGGUCGUCAACAGCCGAGCGCUGCAAGAGUCUUCAAGUGUGGAAGCCCCAGUGGAACCUACGUUCAGGCAGAGUGGGGAGAGCAAUGGAAUCUCCUUGAUGACUAUAUUGACACAGAUAAUUAUUUCUCCACAGCUCCAUAAAGCGCGCCAAAAGCCCACUGUCUACCGCUCCCGCCCCCGCUACGAACUCGCCCGAAAACCUCAAAAACGACAGCCAGUCUACAAAUCCCUCCUCAGCCUUCGGAACAGCCUGCGCUGCGGCGCCCAAGACGAAUGCAAGGACGAGUGCUCCGAACUUCCGAAACCUAGAGAACAGAAGAAGUGCGACAAGAAAUGUGAGCAGAAAUACGAAUGUGACGAAGAGCCUCGAUGCGACGAAGACGAUUGUGAUGGGGAUUCUAGCACCAAAGGACCGCCACCGGAUGAUGAUGAACCUAAAUGUGUCAGAUGUUAAUUUGGUUAUUUCUGAAUUU